AUGGAAACAAAACAAGCAGCCAGCGAGUUUGAAUGUGGUUUGCUCUGCGUUCAACAUGAAUCGUGUGCCUCAAUCAAUUACAAAACAUCUGGUAUUGGUAAAGGUCGCUGUGAUCUCAACAAUAAGACACAUCAAGACAUAACUGAUGACGAUGAAACAAGCAACUCUGAGUUCAACCAUCUUGUCAUAAUUAAACCAAGGAGCAAAGAGCCUGGUCAGGUAUACUCCCCAAUUUUGAGAGAAAGUGAAAUAGUUUCAUCUUGCAAAGACUUGUUACUCAAGAAACCAUCAACGCCUAAUGGUGCUUACACUCUGCAGUUAAACACAUCCUCGACACCAUACGAGGCAUAUUGUCACAUGACAGAUAUUCCAGGUUGUGGACAUGGAGGCUGGACACUAGUGUUGAAAGUGGACGGAAAUAAGCCUACAUUCCACUAUGAUGCAUCUUUGUGGACGAACAAUGAAAGUUAUGCAGUUGAAGAUGGACUUGAAGGACUAACAGAGAAAGAAAGUAAACUGGCCUCUUAUUGGAACACUCCUUUUAAGAAAAUAUGUCUUGGUAUGACCGUUAAUGGCGACAGAAGAUGGAUGAUAUUGAAUUAUGAAGCCAGUUCGCUGUACAGUUUGAUCGCAGACGGACAAUAUCGAAACACAAGGGCUAAGAAAAAUACAUGGAUGUCUUUGAUCGCAGGCUCUGUCUUGCAACAAAAUUGCAACAUUCAGGGUUUCAAUGUACACGAUGUCCCAGGAGAAGAUGCUUACACCAUUCACGCGCGGCUUGGAUUCAUUGCUAACAACGAAGGCCACUGCGACAGCCCUGACUCUUGGAUUGGUUUUGGUGUAAAAUACGCUGCUUGUGAAACAGUCGAUUUCGCCUGUGGUAAUCGUGCAGUGUGUGUUGUUGAAGCAGUCAAAAAUAUUCCAGCCUUUGGAUACAUAUUGUUGCAGUGAGAAGAACUUAACCACUGCAAAUGAAAAUAGUAGUUUGUGUUUGAAAACUUUAAGAAAUAACAUUUGAUUGCACGCUUGCAC